UUCUCAUCUACGUGGCUUACGAUAAUGGAGUUUCGUGUCCAAAUGUUCAGCGUGGGACUAGAGUUUCCCCAUAAUAAAAAGUUGCAUCACUUUUCUAUCCUUUACUCUAAAUUUGAGAUAGGAGGAAGGUGAGCUUGAAAUACAGAAUGUUGCAGUAUUUGGCGAUACUUGUUCUACUGACGUCCGCUUUGGGAGACCAACAACAAGGACUCGUUUUGGUUAAAAGUGAUGAUGACGACACCAAUGAUGACAAAGUUAAGGUAGCACCUAAUACUGAACAAUUUGAUGAAGAAGACCUUGAAGUUUUUCAGCCAUCAUCAGAAUGGCAGUCUAUCAAACCAGGUCAAAGUAUUCCAGCAGGACUCCAUGUGCGCAUGAACCUACAAACAGGACAGAAAGAAGCCAAACUUAUGGAGGGAGAUGAUGGAACUAAAUUCAAAAAUAACAUGGACUCAGAGAAGAAAUUUAUCACAAUUGAUAAAAAUGUCAUUUCAAAGCAACGUCUUAAAGAGGCUCUUAAGGAUUUUAGGGAUAAAUUUCAUGAUGAAAGCGCUAAUGGGGAGCAUUCUGACCAAAGUCAUGGUUCAUUGACUGGAGGGAAAACAUUUAGGUCAAUAGAUGAAAUCCGGAAGGAAUUGGAAGGAGUUGAUCUUUUUCUGAAAAAGGAUAUUGAAGAAAUUACAAAACAUGUUGAGAUCCUAAACACUUCUAGUUCCAGUUUAGCAGAGAAGGAGCAUGCCCUUGAUGAGCUUGAGUAUUAUGUUCAUCAGAUAGAUAAUGCCAGAGAUUUGGACACUAUUGGUGGACUCUCCCUGGUGAUAAAGUUUAUGAACUCCUCUCAAGAGAGCCUAAGAACAAGGGCAUGUUAUGUUCUGGGAUCAGCAGUGCAGAGCAAUCUAAUGGUUCAGCAAUCAGCCUUGAAACAGGGAGCAUUACCAUUACUUCUUCGCUUGUUGUCCAAACAUGAACCAAUGGCUGUGCGAAAGAAAGCCAUGUAUGCACUGUCCUCCCUCAUCAGGUUGUUUUUGGUGGGACAGAAAGAAUUUCUUAAGCUAAAUGGACUUGAAAUGUUUGUCAAACUCUUUAAUGAGGCAAACACAGAACCUCUGGUUAUCAAAGCAAUUACUCUGAUGACAGAUAUACUGACAGAACAAAUUGAAUACGUCACAAGUCUGCUGAGAAAGCAAGGACAGGAUGUUUCUGGUGAUAUCUCUGGGAGGGUCCCUUUGUUAAAAAGCAUGAUUGAAAAGGGUUGGUGCCAACUUAUACCCAGUCUUCUACAUACUACAGAAAAUGACACCAGAGAAAAAGUUUUACAAGCCCUUCACGUAAUGGUAACUGGAUGUAAAAGUGAGUUUCAAAAGGCUCACAUACAGAACAGCUUAAAAAAACUCAAACUGGAAUGGCUCAAAGAUGCCAGGGGUUCAGAAGCUAGUGACAGUUCUGAAUAUGCUGGAAUAUUGGCACAACUUGUUACAGACCUGAUGAGCAAGUUAACAUGACUGCAGAGCUUUAGGUAGCAUUUCCCUUUACAGGAUCCAUCCACCUCAGCGUCCUGUUGGUAUUUUUGCCAUGGAAGGAAGUUUGGUUUUGAAAAAAAAAAAUUUUUUUUUCUUGAUUACAUCGUAGUUACGUGAACCCUGGGAUUCUCCGUACUUCUUGCGCCUUGCACUAGUCUCACGCUCAUUCGUUCUUUGAGAUGUCACGUAACUUCUCCCUAAGUGUUGCGUGACAUGGUAAAAAACAGUUGCGAAGGAGACCGUGCUUUACAUGACUUUGCAUUAGCCUUUGUCUGAAAAGGAAGCCAACGACUGGUAGUGAUCUUCAACUUCAUUUCCCGGUCACGAUACAAUGAUAGUAAAAAAGUAAAAAAGAGUUAUAAGAUUACUGCCAAUGUCACAAAAGGGGAUGUACUCAUUUGACAUCGAACAUGAAGGGACCUUCACCGGUUUGGACGCCGUGUGAUAUUCCGAGUGAAGAUCUCGAAUUAAACCUUGUCUGACAUGUAACUUAAAGUCAGUUCCAUAAGAAGUCCGGAAACCUGGUAGUUGUUAGAAUGCACACUUGUAAAAUAGAAGUGUCAGUUAAGUUUUUUACUAAUUUCCUGACAAUAGAAGAAACCAGACUCUGACAUAAGACGUCUUGAAAGCCGUUGUUUGGUCUAACCCCGUAGGCUACGAAGGAGACUAGGUUUUCAUUGGAUCACAGAAUCACUGCGAUUGCAAUGAUCCCAGCAUUCACAUCAAAACCAGGAUUUACGGACGUAGAGUCUUCAAGGGCGCUUGUACGUACCUCUAGUAAUUUCUUAAAUAUUUAAUACUUCGAUUUUUGCAAAAAUCGUCUUUAAUUAUUAAGUCGGUUGUUCUUACGGAUAUCUUAUUACUUUCCUGGGAUUCGACUUAAUGAAAUAAGGAAUUAAAAGUUAAUAAAAACGCUUUUCAAUGCAA